AUGGAGAUUACCCAAUAUGAUGGGAAAAUCGACUUCAGUAGUUGGAAGAAAAAGAUGAAGGCACUACUCUCCCACAAGAAGGUGGCUUUGGCUCUAGAGAAGAACAUCGAGAAGUGGCCUAAGGAUAAGCUGAAGAAAAAGUCAGAAAUCGAUGAAGAGGCGUACAACCUAAUCAUCAUGAACUUGGCGGACAAUGUCCUACGGAAGGUAGAUGGCCUUGAGACUCCCUUAGUCUUGUGGGGUAAACUCGAAUCACUUUACACUUUACAACCUGCACCUAAUCUUGCAUUUUUAAAAGGUAGUGGGGGACUUGGAAUUAGACCCUUAGAACAGUGGAACAUAGCCCUUAUGGCUUAUCAUGUUUGUAGUAUUCUCUCAGGAAGAGAUUCCUUGUGGGUGAAAUGGAUUCACACUUACCGUCUCAAGGGCCGUAGUUUUUGGAGCGUGAAAAUUCCAUGGGACUCGAGUUGGAGCUGGCGUAAACUUCUUAGAAUGAGGGAGAUGCUAAGAAAACAUUUUGUGGUCAAGCUAGGAGAUGGACGCUCCACUUUUCUAUGGUAUGACUCUUGGCACCCAUUGGGAGCUCUAGAUGAAAUCGUUCCUACUAAUUUCUUUUAUGAUUCAGAAUUAGACCAACAAGCUAGAGUUAGUGAUGUGCUUGUUAAUGGCCAAUGGACAUGGCCCGACUGCCCUCGAGAGGCUUACCUCCAGAUUAUCUCUCAAGGCUCUCCUGCCUCCAGUAACCCUCCCCAUGAUGUAGUCAUGUGGAGAUCCUCAGAUGGUAAACUUUUGAACUACUCUUCACGCCAUUCUUGGCAUGACUUAGGCCCGACUGGUAACAUGGCUCCUUGGAGUUCCAUUGUUUGGACCGGAACCUGUAUCCCGAAACAUUCCUUCAUCCUGUGGUUAGCCAUUAAAGGCAAACUCGUUACCCAAGACAGGAUGCAGGCCUGGACUAGAUCCGAAGAUUUAAGAUGUGCCUUCUAUGAUGGUUAG